AGAGAUUGAAAUGAAAUGUAUAGAAAUUCUUUGGACAGCAGGACCUUUGAAAUUUUGUCUAUUAUGAUACAUGCAUUAUCUUAACACCCUCAGCUCAUCUGGAAUUGUAACAUAUUUAAACAGAAACAGCAGUGUAUAUUUAUGUGAUAUUAAGAACAGGAAAGAAACGACAAAUGGCAGCUGCGAGCAGCAACUUUAAGCUUGCUGUCCCAGAAGCAGGUGGAAGAGCUAAGGUUAACUCAGGAUCUACUCUCAUUGUUUCGUGUCACUUGUCUCCUGCGAUCAGUGCUGUUGCCAUGGAGAUUGAGUGGUAUAACAAGUCAUCCUGUGUUUGCACCUAUAAGAACAGACAGGUGACAGAAGGGGUUGGCUUUGAGGGCAGAGCGAGCCUGUUCAUUCAAGACCUGAAGAAAGGAAAUGUGUCCUUAAGAUUAAGUGACUUCAGAGAGUCAGAUCUGGGAGUUUACCUGUGUCGAGUCACCAGCUGGAAUAAAAGUGAGCAGAUAACAGUAAAUGUAGAAGAAGAAGUGGCAGCAUUUUUCAAGGCCAAACAAGUCAUUAUAAUGGAUUACAAGAUGGGAGAAAAAUGUGACAAAUUACGAAGCCACUCUGCAUAUCACAGUGCUUCAGGCAAGGAUCAACAUGAGGACUACAAGCUGGGAGAAAAAACCUACAAAUUACGAAGCCACUCUGCCAUUCACAGUGCUUCAGGCAAGGAUCAACAUGAGGUGUACAAGGGAGAAGCAAGCAACAAUACAUUUCAGCUUGCUAUUUCCAAAACUGAAGAUGCACAGGUUUCUUUUGGGUCUGAAUUGAUUGUUCCUUGUUGCCUGAUUCCUGAAAUUAGUGCUGUUGCCAUGGAGAUCAAAUGGCAUAGCGAGACAGGCUGCGUUUGCGUCUAUAAGGACAGGGAGUUGACAGCAGGGAUUGGGUAUAACGGUAGAGUGAGUCUGUUCACUCAUGAGCUGAAAAGAGGAAAUGUUUCCUUACGACUGAAAAAUUUCAGCUGGUCAGAUGUUGGAAAGUACACUUGUCAGGUAAUUUGUGGAGACGUAACAGAAGAGAUAACAGUAAAAGUGAGGUUAGAUCCUGGUGUCCAGCCUGUGAGUCAGUCACCAAUAUUUCAAGACCAAAACACUCAAUUAAUUAUAUUUGAGGAUACCAAGAUGAAAGAAACAACCACAAAAUUUUCAAGUCAUGUUCCAUAUCAAGCUGAUUCAGUUAAGAACCAACAUGAGAAUUACAAGAUGAGAGCCUCAAGCAAUGAAAAAUUUCAGCUUGUUGUUACCAAAACUCAAGGAGCACAGAUAUCUUUGGGGUCUGAAUUCACAGUUCCAUGUCACCUGUCACCUGAAAUCAGUGCUGUUGCUAUGGAGAUCAGGUGGUUUAAGGAGACAGAUUGUGUUUGUCUAUAUAAGAAUAGACAGGUGACAGAGGUGAGGGGUUAUGAGGACAGAGUGAGUUUGGUCACUUAUGAACUGGAGAGAGGAAAUGUGUCCUUGCAGCUAAGAAACUUAAGUUGCUUAGAUGUUGGAGAUUACCGUUGUCAGGUCACCAGUGGAGACAGAGCAGAAGAGAUAACAAUAGGCGUGAGGAUGCAACCUGAAGUCCAAUCUGUGAGUCAGUCACCAGAACAAGGCCAAAGUGUUCAGCUGAUGCUGUUUGAGAUUGAUAGAAUAUGGACUAAGGAGGAAACAAUGAAAAUGGACCAAUCUGCACUAAUGGCAGAGAUGAAAGUGAAUGAUCCAUUGGAGUUGAUUAAUGUAUACAUGGAACAUAUGAGAAUACUGGAAAGAACAGAACUGCAGUUAAGGGAGACCAGAAUGGACUUGGACAAAAUCUUAAGACUUACCCCAAAUGCUCUGUGUAGGGACCGAGAUAAGACAAACACUUUUAAAUAGCUCAAACAUACCUAACAUUGAAGUGUCAGGUGUAAGUGUCAAAUGUACCAGGUAGUUAUUGACUUUCCUUAAAUUUGUGAGAACUGAUUUUAAUCAAAUAUUAAAGUGUUUUGAUUUUUCUUUUCAAAGUCCUCCAUUACAAAUGUUACCUUGCUGCCUCAUUAGUUUUGGGUUUAAAGCCCCCAGGUAUAAAACAUAUGGAAUACAUUUUCUUCAUCUUAAACUUAUCUUAUAAUUGUAAACACUAUAAAACUUCUGUUAGCUGUCUGGAUUUGUAUUUUAUUGUAUUUUUCAACAACUUUAUAGUGAUGAGGUUAUAUUGAUAACAAACAUAAACAAGUUUACUUUCUUGGAUGUCUUUCUGAA